AUGGAGACACUAGACGACGCUAAUGACGCCAUAAGGCCGCUUAAGGACACACCACGCCAUCAACUUACACGGGGUCUUUUGCGUACUUUGAAUGUUAUCAAUAUGAACUACUACCAAAAGAACAACAAACCCAAGCCUAAAAGCACUGUAACUACAAAGAAGAAGAAAAAGUCAAUACCUGCUAAUUAUGUCUUAUCGGAGACUGGAGAGGAGACCUUUCACAAUGGCCGCUACCUUGUGCGUGGCGAGAAACUUGGCGCAGGCUCAUUUGGACAAGUAGUAGAGGCUCAGGACCUUACAACAGGGAAGACUGUGGCUAUUAAAAUUGUGCAGAAGAAACAGCAGUACACGGAGCAGGCUCAGAUGGAGAUUAACAUAUUGCAACAGCUGCACCUUCCUCAGCACUAUGAUGCCACAAAUUAUAUUGUCAAGCUAGAAGAUUCAUUUAUGCAUGAAGGACACCAGUGUCUGGUGUUUGAGCGGCUUGGACCAAACCUCUUUGACGUCCUGCGUCGAACGAGUUUCAGUGGAAUUAGUCUCAAGUUGCUGAGAAAGUUUACGCGGCAGAUUCUAAAAGCGUUGGAGUAUAUUCGUCACCCUAAUGUAAACGUGAUUCACUGCGACUUGAAGCCGGAAAAUAUCUUACUGGUUUCCGAAGCUCACAGCUCCAUUAAACUCAUUGAUUUCGGCAGCUCAUGUCUGUCGCAGAAUCAGAUUCACAGCUACACGCAAAGUCGUUUCUAUCGAGCACCUGAAGUGUUGCUCGGAAUGCGAUAUACUGCUGCUAUUGAUAUGUGGAGCCUCGGCUGUAUUCUGGUAGAAAUGCAUACGGGCAAACCGCUGUUUUGCGGCUACGACUCAGUCGACCAGCUGCACCGAAUUAUUAACGUACUUGGCAUGCCAUCGCGCGAGUUAAUUGCUCGGGCAAACCCCAAAUAUCGACGAUGCUUCUUCGAUGAAGUUGUGGUGACUGAAGGCGGCGAAAAGCGCACUGACUACCGCUUAAAAGCGCACAAGAUUGCGCCGCCAAAAAGAGCUAAUGUGAUUCCUGAAAGUUCUAAGACUCUACCUGAAAUUCUUGCAUCUGCUGACAAGUGUGGCACUCUGAAUAAUAGCCCAGAGCAGUAUCUUACCCUUCACGACUUCAUAAUGCGCAUGCUAGACUUCAACCCGGAUACACGGAUAACUCCGACCGAAGCAAUGCAGCACCCGUUCUUGAUGGGUACCAUGCGGCAGAUGCAACGAGAUGAAAAGGUGGAGGUACCUGAGGCACAGGGAAAAUCUAAGUUUAUGCGUGCAUCGACGAUGCACGAUGUACACAGCCGCAAUACCGAAAGUAAAAUGCCGCCGCUGAACCGGGCCAAACAGCGUCGUUUAGGUGACAAGUUACCGGACGAACGAUGA